AAGAGGCACCAGAGCCACAGUGCCCUUGUUUUGCCUAUAAGCAUCGUAUCGAAAGUCUUCAAGGAGCCAGAGAGAAAGGCAAAUAGAAAUUCGUUGUUGGAACAUUUAUCCCUGUGCAAAGCAAAGGUUCUCCGUUCCCAGAAAAAAAAACAUGAAGUACCUUCUUUUUUUCGCUGCUUUGAUAGCUACAGCAAAUGCCCUGAAUUGUGAAUGUUCCGGACAAACGUGCGAGGCAAAGCCUUGUACAGUAGAAGCGGGGAGCUGUUAUUCAAUUGAGAGGGAAAUCUCUACUGAGAAAGACAAGCCACUUAAAGCAAUAAUUAGAGGGUGCCAGGAUGACAAAGUGGAGCCUAAUGUCUGCAAACAAGGGUUUGUCUUCAUGUCUUCUGACCAAGAUUUUUAUCUGGGGAGCAACGUUACAUGCUGUAAAGACAAAGAUCUAUGCAAUCAAAAUCUCAUUACAAAUAUUAGCAAGACUAUUCCCACCGAUAACCUCGUUUGCCCUUCGUGCUUCGCUCUCGAUAAGAAAGAAUGUGACGGCAAACAAAUGAAAUGCAACAAUCUCCAGAAGAAAUGCUUCAAUAUCACCGGGACAAUCACACAAGGUACAGCUAAAGCAAAAGACUUCGUUGCCAGGGGAUGUGCUAUUGAAAACAACAUCUUUACAAAAAACACCACCUUUACCUUUAACGAUGCAUCUUAUAAACUUGUAGAUGUCCAACUUCAGGAAGCUAAGAAUGGUGCCAGCCAGAUUUCCAGCUGCCUAACUUUUGCUAUCCUUCUGCCCAGUGUCCUUUGGUUCCUACUGGACAGAUCCUUCUAAUGAUCCCAACUUGUUAAUGUCCUUUCUGCUCAAAUGGGGAGGGGGGAAAUCGCCCAUUGAAUUCCACCAAAGAAGGCAUAAAUCCAAGACGUUUUGGCUUCAGCAUUUGCUGGUGCCCAUUUAAUGUAUCUAAUUAAUGCAUAUCCUAAAUAAGAAUAGAAAUGAAUCUUGGUGUUAAGGAUGUCACGUGAGUAAAGGAACCCCCGCGAUGUAGACAUUGUUGAGCUGAACGGGCUUUUGACCUAGCGCUUUGAAAAGGCUUAGUUAAGAUUGGACUAGAUUAAUUGGCUUAAGUAAUUAAGAUUCCAACCACGGAGGUAAGGCUACAAUCAUCAUACUGAAGAACAAAUAUAUAUAUAUAUAUAUAUAUUGACAUUUUUUUUCUGAUGAGGUGUGAUUCCCAUCUAGGAGGCACCCUUAUAUGCGUGACAGUGUAAUGGAAUGCCUCUUGUAAGACAAUGCCUGCCAUCUGCCAUUUUCAUUGCUAUAUUUAAAAAAAAAUAAAUUCAAAAUAAAUGUU